CAUAUGGUUUUUGGUCGAGUUGAUCUCUGAUGAAUUUGAUGACUUGGAUAAAGAAUUUGAUCUCCCUUAUAGAGUUCCCGAGGAUAAUGGGAUUUUGAGUGACUCACAUUCUCUAAUCACCCCACUAUUUAUGAACCAAGCAAAAUGGAUUCAUCCAGUGCCUUUUUCUGAUACUGCUUCAUCUAUCUAUUUGCGGCCUACGCUAAUGGAUUCAACGCAAUACCAUUUAACUAUAUUAAACGCAAUACCAUUUAACUAUAACAAAAAAAUCGACAUUGAAGGCUUCCAACCCUCGCAAAGCGGGGGACACUUCUCUAGUUUUCUUUAUGAAUUCAACUUUACUGCCAAACACUCACCCAACUUCAUAUUUUAUGCUAUCAAAUUAAUUUAUAUGAGGCAUCCAAAUAUUCUCUAAAAAGGAAGACAGUUUCAAAAUAGGAAUUUGGCAAGUGGCAUUGCGAAAAUGAAUAGUGAUAUUGUUAUGAUCUUAAUACAUUCACAGAUGCACAAAUGUCAGAUCAUUAUCCAGACUAUUCUCGUUAUAUCCAAUUAAGACGACGAUUAUUUUUCGAAGUUAUGAAUGGAGUUCAAAAAGACAAAGUGAGGGACUUGGAAAAACAUCGGAUUAGUACACGUUUCAUAGUAGAGAUGAAAGAAAAUGAUAUGAGUUGUUUGUAUUAAGAAAAAGUGUUGAAAAGUGGAUUGUUGGCGUUGAUAAGGGGAUUGAUGAAAUAAAGAAAGAGCAUGACCGGCUUCCAAAAGUUAAAAUUAGGCAGGAUUUUUUUGAUUGGGAACAACCGUUGUACAAGAAUGGUCUCUAUGAGCUAAAACGAUCGGUUUUCCCUUAAAGACAUUUUUAAAAUUUAUAAAUUCUUUUCUAUUAUUUGUAUUACUAUUUGAUAUACAAAAAUAAUAUAGACCCCACUACUUAUAUGUGUUAUCCCUAUCCACUUUGAACAUUCUUUUCCAU